AUGGCCUCCAAGCAGGACGCCAGCGCCACCCCAACGAUGUCGGAGGAGGACCAAGUCACCACAAUUACCGUUCAUGAGACCCAAAGCACAGAAGCUGGCGCUGGCGGCGACAUCGAUAUAGACAUCUCCAGCGACCUGAGCACUGAUAGUGAUAGCGAUUCCCACAGCGACUCCGAUAGCUGUGGCAACGGUGGCGGCUAUAUUGCCGAUCUAGAUGAUGAUGAGUACACCUAUACUCUGCUCAACGGUGACUCGGACAACGAUAUGGGUAUAUCAUAUGACGAGUCCAUCGCCCUCCUGGCUCACGAGAUACUCUGCUGUGAAUACGAGACCGACAGCGAUGAGGAGCUGGAGAGCAGGAGUCGCAGUGAUUUGGACGACGACUACGAAAAUGCCAUACACACGCCUUACGAGUUCGUCGGCAGUGAGGAUGAUGAUGAGGACUAUAACAGGAAUUGUUGUGUCGGCGGCAGCGAUACCGAUGUAACCUAUAAGCUCCAAUCUCUGAAUUCGGAUUCAUCGCCCAGUAGCGCGACCAGCGAUACAGUUUUCCUGUUGAACGAAGAUCAGGAAUAG